GAGACAUUUGCCUGACUUCAUUGUGGAAAGCUGGAGAAGCUGCAAGAUUAUUUCUGACAUUUGUGUGUUGCAUCAUCCAUUAGUAAGAAUAUAUGUUGAAAAGCCAUGCCGUCCUAUCUCACAAGGCAGAAGACCCGAAAAACUUUCUCAUGGGUUGGCAGGCCAUUGCCGGAUCGAAAACAGUACUACCAGAUCUACAAAGAAAUGUGUAUAAAAAUCAAUGAUUGUUCCCCUGAGAUUCGCAUCAAGGUUGGACAGUUUGUGUUGAUUAAAGGCGAUGAUAAUACAAAACCCUAUGUUGCUAAACUGAUUGAAUUAUUUGAAGAUGGAUCUACACUUCCUUCCAAGAAAUGUGCUCGAGUGCAGUGGUUUGUCCGAUUCUCUGAGAUCCCUAUCUCUAAAAGGCAUUUAUUAGGCCGGCAGCCUGCAGCACAGGAGAUAUUCUGGUAUGACUAUUCUGACUGUGAUAACCAAAUUUAUGUGGAGACCAUCAUUGGCCCUGUUCAGGUAGUGGCUUUAGCCCCAGAUGAAGUGAUCCCUAUGGAUCAGAAAAGUGAGGAGACACUGUUUGUGAAGCUAUCCUGGAAUAAAAAGAAGUUCGAACCACUGUCGCCAGAAGUACUUGCAACAUUGAAGAAACAAGAAGAUAGCCCCGAGUGCCGCAAACCUUUAGAAGCCAAGAUUAAGAGAGUAAAAAGCCCUUCUUGGAACACAACAGAACAAGUGGUCAAAAGGAUUGAAUCAAGUCACUCUACCUCUAAAUCUUGCCAGACGCCUGCUCAUCCUGUCUCCCCCAGUGCUAGGAAACUGCUAGAACACAAUGGCUUUCCCAGGAAGUCUAACAUGAGGCUAUCACAGAAGAUUUUGUGUGACUCCUUGGAUUCUCAAAAAAAUUCUAAACGAAAAACAGCCUUCUCUGAAACAACCUCACCGCCUAAAAGAUCUCAGCCUGGUGAAAUCAAGACCUCUUCACCUUUGAAAACUCUAGGAAAAAAUGGACAGACUCAUUCCUUUUAUGCCAAAGGUAGCAUGAUUCUGAGAGCCCAAGGUCCAGCUAUGAUGACCACAAAGAUUAGUGUGGAGAGGGCACUCAGGCCUCUCAGGAGCAGGUUGAGUUCUUCAGUGGUGCCUACUGUGAUUCUGACACCAGAGUACAUUGGGAGGGACACAAAGGAACAAGCAGCUCACAAAGAACCCACACGUAGUUCCCAUCGUGUACGUAGAAGGAGUUCUCUCUUGACUUUGAAACGGAUUAGGCAACAGAUUUGGCUUCUAGAUGAUAAAAGUGACCAAGAAGAGGAAGAGUUCAUAUCCUCAACAGAGGUGUCAGACUCCAAUAGUGAGGAGGAAGAUGAUUCUAUUCCCUCCCUUCCAAAGAGAAAUCCCCAGCGGCAGUCCAGGAACCGGAGGUUGGCCUCAAAGCCAUCAUUGCAGACCCCCUCCAAGACACCACAGAAAACUCCUAAUCCUCGAACAUCUCAUCACGCCACUCCUCAGAUUCGAGGAAGGAACCUCGCUGUCCAGGAACCGGCUAGCGUGCUUGAAGAGGCUCGGCUGAGGCUGCAUGUUUCUGCUGUACCUGACUCUCUUCCCUGUCGAGAACAGGAAUUCCAAGACGUCUACAACUUUGUGGAAAGCAAACUUCUUGAUGGGACUGGAGGGUGUAUGUACAUUUCUGGGGUUCCUGGGACAGGGAAGACGGCCACCGUACACGAGGUCAUACGCUGUCUGCAGCAGGCAGCCCAAACAAAUGAUGUUCCUCCCUUUGAAUAUGUUGAGGUCAAUGGCAUGAAGCUGACAGAGCCUCACCAAGUCUAUGUGCAGAUUUUACAGAAGCUGACGGGCCAGAAGGCAACAGCUAACCAUGCAGCAGAACUGCUGGCAAAGCGAUUCUGCAGCCCAGGAUGCUCGCAGGAAACCACGGUGCUGCUUGUGGAUGAGCUCGACCUUCUUUGGACUCACAAACAAGAUGUCAUGUACAACCUCUUUGAUUGGCCUACUCACAAGGGAGCCCGGCUGGUGGUCCUGGCCAUUGCCAACACCAUGGACCUGCCAGAGAGGAUCAUGAUGAACCGCGUGUCUAGCCGACUGGGUCUCACCAGGAUGUCCUUCCAGCCCUACUCUCACAGCCAACUGAAACAGAUCCUAGUGUCCCGACUCAAGCAUUUAAAGGCCUUUGAGGAUGAUGCCAUCCAGUUGGUAGCCAGAAAGGUAGCAGCCCUCUCCGGAGAUGCCCGGCGCUGCCUAGACAUCUGCAGGCGUGCCACCGAGAUCUGCGAGCUUUCGCAUCAGCAUGGUGACUCUCAGGGCAUGGUGACUGUGACACACUUAAUGGAGGCUAUAGAUGAAAUGUUCUCCUCAUCCUACAUCACCGCCAUCAAGAACUGUUCCCUCCUGGAACAGGGCUUCCUGAGAGCCAUUAUUGCAGAAUUCCGUCGAUCUGGACUAGAGGAAGCAACAUUUCAACAGAUAUACAGUCAGCAUGUGGCUCUGUGCAGGAUGGAGGGACUGCCUUACCCUACCAUGUCAGAGACCAUGGCUGUGUGCUCACGCCUGGGUGCUUGCCGCCUCCUCCUGGUGGAGCCCAGCAGGAAUGACCUACUCCUUCGAGUGAGGCUCAAUGUGAGCCAGGAUGAUGUGCUGUAUGCUCUGAAAGAAGAGUGAAGGGCUCCACAGAAAAUGCCUUAUUUAUUUUUCUUCAGAACAUGGAAUCAUAGCAAAAUAUAUGGAAUGGAAAUGGUUGUUUAGACUUUGUCAUUUUA